AUGUCUGAUACAUACCAAAAGAUCCGUCUCAUCAGUCAACUGCAGAGCACUCUCGCCAAUCAUGCCGACGUGAUGAGUCUCCUUCCACCCAAUGAUAGCAUGGUGUCAAAGAUGCGUGAAAUCGACAGCAUGUUGCAGGAACAGAUUGCUUUGUUGGAACAUGAAGUUGCAGAAGCAGAGUCUUCUACAUCAGAUGGUGGAGUGCCUACUGAAUCUGCCCAAGCACCCCAUACACUUGACGCUGUACCAAGAACACCUGUUCCAGCAACUGAGGGUGACGACUUGGCUGGGCCUCACGGAAGGGAUCUUCCAGAUAGGCCCAUCACUUCAGAAGAGAUGGAAAGAUUUCGACAGCGGCCACCGCCUCUUGAAAUCGUGGAUGUUCAGAGGCCGAUGGUCGUUUAUAAUGUCAGGAGGAAUGGGCGGAGAGAGCCAUUCAGGAGUUCUGCAUUGAACAGGCUGGUUCCCACGCCUACCAAUACACCGUUUUUGCAUAAACCAAUGAAAUGA